AACCGCAAAAAUUUUGAAUUUCCACUUAGUCUCAAUAAACCCCAUUUACAUCAAAUAUCUUAAAAGCCCAGAGCCUGAAAAUGUUCAAGGAACUUGUUACGUAUGUGCACAAGGUUGCGCAUAACUUUUGCUUGGUUCGUCCUUUGGCCGUUGCACCACGUGGAACCGCCUGUCGUCCUCUUGUGAAGAAUUGUAUUUUGGCCAAUAUUAUAUUCUUUAUUGCGAUUUUCACGCCGCUCUACGUGUGCCUGCUUAAGGAUGUCCUCAAGGUGCUGCGCGACGCUAACAAUAAGUUCACCGGUGGCAAGUGAAUCGGACUCGGACUCGGCUCCGGACUCGUUGCCAGCCCUUUGAAGCGGUCGUUGAGCAGAUUUUACCGUAUGGAAACCCAGAUACAGCGUACAGAGAUCCGCACACAUUAAACUCCAAAUAUAUUUAUAUCAUUUCCCGCCUAUGUGUGUGUGGCA